GUUUCUGCAGUUAACGUUUUAACGGUUGAUCGAAUUUACACAUGAAGCCAUUUUUUUUAACAGUAAAACACCGAUGAAAUUUACACAUCUGUGAUAAAUUUUCUAAAAACUAGUCUUUUAUCUUUAUGCUUAGCGAGUAGAGGAGGAAGUAGGCGGUUCUUUACACCAGCUGCUCUGCCAUUGGUUUUAACUGCUUUCACAUUAUGGUUUAAAUGUCUGGCGGUGGUACCAGACCUAGAGCUGUGUAUUACAGCAGCUGGUGUUUACUAGAGCCUUGUUUAAGCUUAUAGAGCGAUGUAGAAGAUAUUAUAUCAUCUGUAUCAUAGACUUGUUACGCGUGUGUACAACGCUAGCUUUUGGUAGAGUUUUUGAGACUUUGCGCUCUUUUGUUAGAUUGUGCUUUGAAAGGGGACACAAUGGUGACCAAGAGGAUCCGCUCGGAGUACAUGAAGAAAUUCAAAGACCCCAAAUGGGAGACCUACACUAAGUGCUAUGAAGAAAUGCUGAAGUACAGGCUGACCCGCAGGCUGCUGGAGCACACACACAACCCCUGGUUCUGGAGCGGCUCAGACAGUGAUUCAGACUCAGGAGGCAGGAGUCCCCCUCAUCCCAAUAGGAACCAGGUACGGUCUGAGACCACCAGGGACAGGACAGCGGCUGAGCAGGGGGAGUGUGAGGGGGCGAGGACAGACAGAGAACAGGAGCGGCAGACCAGAACCACUGGACCUGUUCCCAGGCUUCCCCUUCAAGAGGAGGAGACUGCUCAGUCUGCAGACACACAACUAAACGGUACCAGAGACACAAGAGCACCAGAGGAAGAGAGAGAGGAGCAGAGAGCCAGCAGCAGAGGCAGUAAGCAAUCACCAGUUCCCCACAGAGAGCGAGACCAAGAGAGAGACACUGGACGACACCGUCAGCAGCAGAGCAAACCCUCCAAAUCCUCCAAACAAACUUGGCGCUCUCAGCGAGUCAGACCUGCACCAUCACGUCAGCCCAGGGAGGACAGUAAGGAGAGAAGACACCCUUUUGCCCUGUACGGUUCAGGGGAGAGGGAUGCAGACAUUGCGGGCAGGAAGACACACAACGUUGGCCCUGCAGCUUCGACUAAUGAGAUCCAUGAGUCGGCUCUACGUGCUAAGACGAGGCGGGAGGUGGCGCGUCAGGUCCAGACAGAGAGAACUGAGCGCCGCAGGGCUAAGUCUGCUGACCUGGACAAGGCCAGGAAGCUGGUUCAACCGGAGUUCAACCCCUGGCUCACUGAGUACAUGCGCUGCUUCUCUGCUCGCUCCCGAUAGGACAUGGAUACAGACACACACACACAUGCACACACAUAGGCACAAACACACUGCAGAAAUAGUUAAAUCAGGAUGAUGAUUCUAGACAAAAAUAAGAAAGUAAAGUAAAGCCAUUAUUGCCUAUCACCUCUGAGGUUUGAUGUAGAAUAGAGUGUGAGGUUGACUGAGUCAUACAAAGGCUCCUGAAUGUGAAUCACUCUGACAUUCAGGAUUAAAGUGACAAAACCUUGGACAUUAAAAUUCACAGUGUGGCUUACUGGACCAGGAGUUCACUAUCAUGGUUUUAUAUAAAUCCGUUUUAAUAUUUGCAACAGGCAUUUUACAGGGUGGAAGAGACUCUUGAAAGAAACUAUUUUAAAUGUUAAAUAGUAGAUAAGUCUACUGUAUACAGAUAUUUAGAUGAGAAUGAAGAGUCUAAAAUACAUUUUACAGCCAUACUUUGAUGCAGUCCCUUUAAAUACACACUGUAUAAAAUGUGUCCAUAUUUUUAUACAUGGAUAUCAAACCAUAGUGGACUCACAUGGGGAGAGUAAAGGCACAUGGCACAUGUAUGAGCAGAUUCAGUGAUCAGUGAUUGUGAGAUAAAAUGAGACCAUGAACAUGGAGAAUGUCCAUUACAGCUUAUAGCGUUUACACAUACAAACAAAGCCAAACAUAUAAGAAAAUGGUUUGUAUUCUAUGAUAUUGUGUUAAGCACAGUAAGAUGGUUUAAUCAACUGAGAGUUUUUCUGGAUUUAUGCAGCUUCUGAUGUGGAUAGGCAUUUUCUUAUUUGUGCUGAGUAUUAAGUUGGUUGACAUACAGAAAUAUGUCUGUUUUAAAGGUUUUUAACUUUGUGCUGUGAACUGGUUUUUGUAGAUUUAACGGUAGAUUGAUCUUUGUUGACUUGGUGAUAGACUGUAAAUCACUCACACACUGUACUGAGAGUCAGACUCUGUAACGUGACAGUUGCACUACUUCACAAGCUCAUUAACACUUUUAUGUGUUACUGACUUAAAAUUCAUGAAAACAUUUGUUUGUUCUUGUGUUAAGGUGCACAUGAUCCACCAACCUGGUGCUAACACAGACUGAAAAUAGAUAUAUGAAACCUUUAAAGCCAUUGAGAGGCCUCUGAACAGUGUGUGCAGUAUUGUGGAUACUGCAUUCUUUCUUUUGUACAAUUAUUGCUUGUGUGAUUGUUUUGAUCAGAAAAAACACAGCUAAUAUACUGUAGGUUCUCACAAUAAUGGACAGUUUAAGCUGAAUUUCUUAAUUGUAAUUGUUAGUGCUUUAAAGCCAAAAGUGGAACCAAAACAAAGAUGGAUGUAAGGUCAAAGUCUAAAUUACCUCCAAUUAGAAAUGCUAUUAUAAAUAUAGUGGGUAUACAUGGGAACAUAUUGCUCAUUUACUGCUUACUAGUUUAAGUACACAGUACAGUACACUCUUUAAAGCAUGACCAAAUCAAAUAGCACUUUGAUCAUUAGUCACCUUUCUUAAAUAAUAUUUGUACAGAACACCUUCCUAACUACUUAGGUUUUCAUGUAAUUCAUUCAUCUUUUGAGUCUCUGUAUGUAUGUGAUUGUGUUGUACAUCAGACAGUUAUUUGUUCUUAAAUAACAAGAUUUUUAAUGGAUCUUUUCAUGACUGCUGAGACCGUGAGAAAUCUGAUCCCACAUACGGUAAUCAUGGUGACGUCAGCUCUGUGCCAUAAAAGUUUGUUUUUCCUUUGUAACUACAGUUAUUGAUGUUUUAUGAAUAUUGUGCAGAAACAAGAUGAGAGGGCAGGAGGCCUGCAGGCUUUUAUCAGGUUUAAAAAUCUUUUCUUUUUGCAACUUUGAGUUCAGUAUUACAUUACUUGCUUUAUUCUGUCAUGAUCUAGUUUUUCAGUGUUUUCGAGUUAUACUGCAGGAUAGUUCAGACAAUAGAUGUAAAAUUGUGUGCAAUAUCUUUCUUAUUAUACUUAACAACUGCAUUCGAGCCAGUGUGUUUUUUUUUUUUAGAUGUGAACAUUGACAAUCUCAGCAAACAGGAGUGAAACAAUAUGGGGAUUAAGUAAUUUCUAAUUUACUUUAGUACUUAGUUAAGGAGACCAAACUUUAUAACUGAGAUCCUAUUUAUAUUGUAGUUUUGAUGAAGAGAUAUUAUACUAUUGUUUUCUAGUUUUACGAUGUAUGGGAGAGAUACAUUGAGCCUGAAAAUUCUUGUGAAGACUAGGCUAGUGAAGAGGAAUUAGGAGAUUAUGAUCAAUAAAGUACCAGAGUUGCUAAAGUUUCAAAGUGUAGUCUGGUUUUAGUGAAGAGGAAAGGAGAGAGUCAGAUUUAACUCAUGAGUUUUAAAAUAGAAUUCAUUUACCAAUGACAUAAUGUUAACAACUAUAAUACUGUAAAACUGCAUAAUUCUAAUUCUGUACAUGUUUGUGUUUACAGAUCAGGCUUUUAACAGACUGUAUGAACAUAAUUAAAAUGACAACUGUUGAGGUUAAAUGGUGUGGUGCAAAGCUUUUAAUAAAUCACUUUCCCACCUGAGUGUCUCUACCACAUUACAUUAUUCUCAACACUUCAGAUUAAAUCUCUUUAAAGAACAUUUAAAAUCAAUAAUGUAAUAAAGCAUCUUAACAAAUGGUGGUGUAGACCUAUUUCUCACUUUGGCAUAUUCUCAUUUCCCAGUGGCUCAGAGCACAAAAUCAUGCAUUUACUCUACAUACUUUGUGUGUUAAUCUAAUUUUAUCUGUGAAUUCUUCAUUUUGCUGUCCAUUAGAAUUGAAAAAAAAAAAACCUUCAAUACUCAGUCUUACAAUAGCCUGUCUUUCUUAGCAAACAGAUAAUGGAAUAGAAUAAAUAAAAUGGAAAUUUUCCUUUCAUAGAAAAUGGCUUUUUUCAAGUCCAUGAUUUCAAGAAAAAUCUGCCUUUCAAAGACGCUGGUUCACCUGUAGUCAUUUUUAUUUUAAAAACAUAUGCUUUUAUCAUACACAAUAAAUUAAAAAUCCAUGAUAUUCCUUAUGACGAGAGAAAAACAGACAAACAUAAAUAAAAACAAAGGACUGGAUGACAUAAACACAAGACAGCAACCUGACGUGGAGCAGCCGAAACCACCAUCAGAUCAAACGUGUGAGGAUAUUCUAAUCUGAAAUGUUUCUACAGUUUGAAGUGUGCUUAAUUUAAAAGUUUAAUGCAUAAUGUUUGGAGGGCAAAAAUGUAAAAAAAAAAAAAAAAAAAAAAAAAGAGAAAA